AUGAACUCUUCCUUGCAGAUGACUGCGAUGAAGACGAGAUCUACAGCCCUCAAGGGAGUCCUAAUAUUCUUGGUGGCGCUCGCCUUGGUCAGCGUUUCCUAUGCUGCGAAAGAAGACGAGAAGUCCGAAACCAAGGCUGGAGCAGCUCCGAAUGGAAUGGAAAUCGACCAAGAACUUCGCCACCUUUUCACGGAAAUGAUGUCUUUGAACCAUCACAGGCAAACCCAAGACCAUGAGAAUCUCUUUGAUGCGGCAGACAAAGACUCCAAUGGUCACAUUGACAGGAAUGAGUUUGAAGCUUUCGUCAAGAGCAACCAAGACAUGAUGGAUAACUUCCAGAUGAGGAGACAUGGACCUGAACACGUGUUCAAGCGCAAUGAUCUGGACAAAGACGGCUCAUUGAACAAACGGGAGUGGGCCAGGACCUCACAUAUCCCUCACUACAUGCCCCACUUCGUAAACCCGAAUAUGUGGAAGAAUCCUCUUGAAAUUGUUUACCAAACCAGAGGAAUGCAUUCUCCGAAGGUUAGGGAGGACCAUGCUACACAGGUCUUUGAAGAGAUCGACCUCAACAAAGAUGGAAAAAUCGAUGAGAUGGAGUUGAAGGCAACUUACUCCAGAAUUCCAGAGAUGUCUAUGAAUGAUCCACAUGAUAUGAUGGGUCCCAUGGGUCCUAUGGGUCCCAUGGGCUCAAGACGCCAUGAGGAAAGAAGACGCCGGAUGAUGGACCGCGCAGAUCACGAGAGGAGAGAGCGAAUCAUGGAACGCCCAGAACAUAUGAAGAGAGAUGAUCGAAGGAGAGUGAUGGACAGGAACUCUCACCGCAAUGAGUUUUUUGAUCAACGCAUCGAGCACAUUCAGAAGAGAAUUCAGGAGAUUUUGCAAGAAAAGGCUUCGCGCACCUUUCAGCAGCUGGACAAGAAUAACGACAAAAUUUUGGACAAGAAUGAGUGGAAUGAGGGUUCUGUCGUCAAGCAUGAUGAGAAGCUCAUGUCCAACUCUGGGCCUGCAGCAAAUGCUAAGGAUGCUGCCCAGGCAACCGACAAGAAGCAGAGCACUGCGACGGAUUCUCAAGCUAAGCCUCCCACUCCAAAAGCUUCUCAAACGCAACAGCCGAAUGGAAAGGAUAUCCCGGUUAUGAAGAGUGCAUAA